GCUUGAUGCGCACCUCACGUUCCCCGGGCCACAACACGUGUGAAUCUCGUACGUUAACACUAGUAUUUCGUUACUUGAGUGAUUUGUAACUGUGACCAUGCCGAAGAAUAUUUUAGCGGAGAUGGGAUCCCAAGUGGGGCUUACACCCGCCCGACAGAACAAGAAGGAAGCGGAAGAAUGGGCAAGAAGACAAAGUGGUCCAAUGGUCAACCCUUCAUUUGAACCAGACGAUUUUGUGCCACAAAGUUUAUCUCCAAUGCAAGAUGACAAGAAAAAGAAAAAAAAUCGUGAAGCUGAUAAAGCGAUAUCCUUAGUAAAUAUGAAAAAUAUGGAAGACGUGGACGACUAUGAGCCGUACGAUAAUCGAGUGGUAGAGCAUCCCACAACGAACACAGAAACACUUCUCCAUUUACUCAAAGGCAGCUUGGGUACGGGCAUCCUGGCGAUGCCGCAUGCAUUCUCGAACUCUGGCUACAUCGUAGGCACUAUAGGUACCUUCGUGAUCGGUAUCCUGUGCACUUAUUGCAUACACGUCCUCCUUGACACCAGCUAUGUGCUAUGCAAAAGGCGCAGGGUCCCAUCCAUGACCUAUACCACAGUGGCUGAAGCAGCUCUUUCCGAAGGCCCCGGGUGGUGCAAGGCAAUAGCGCCAUAUUCUGGGCAUGUUGUCAACGCUUUUCUCCUGAUAUAUCAAAUUGGAACAUGCUGUGUUUACAUUGUUUUUGUUGCGGAGAACAUUCAGAGUAUUUUAAUCAAACAAUUCGGGAUUGAAGUACACGUGAUACAGGUGAUGGCCGUAGUCCUUCUGCCACUUGUUCUCAUGAACUGGGUGCGAGAUCUGAAAUACUUAGCUCCGUUCUCCGCUAUGGCCAAUGCUGUGACAAUUGUAGGCUUUGGCAUCAUUCUGUAUUACAUCUUCAGGGAUGUGCCCACCCUCGAAGGGAAGGCUCCAGUGGGAGUAGUGUCUAAGUUCCCGCUUUUCUUUGGUACCGUGUUGUUUGCUUUGGAAGCUAUUGGAGUGAUCUUACCAUUGGAGAACGAGAUGAAGAACCCUCGAGACUUCGUUGGCAAGUUCGGUGUACUGAAUCAAGCUAUGGGCAUUAUCAUUACCCUGUACAUCGGCAUGGGACUGUUCGGAUAUCUGCAAUAUGGAGACAAAGCUGCUGGUAGCAUCACACUUAACUUGCCCUCAGACUCGGAAGUUCUGGCAAGCGUAGUGCAAGGUCUGCUGGCGUUUGCAAUAUUCAUCACCCACGCACUGGCUUGCUACGUCGCAAUUGAUAUCGUGUGGAACGAAUACCUUGGCUGUCGCUUCCAGAAUACCAAAUACCGUCUCGUCUGGGAAUAUUUGGUCAGGACCGUAAUUGUCCUCCUCACAUUUGGCGUCGCCGCGGCUGUACCCGAGUUGGACCUGUUCAUAUCUCUGUUCGGGGCUUUGUGUCUCUCCGCUCUGGGCCUGGCAUUCCCCGCCUUCAUUCAAAGCUGCGCCUACUGGCAUUACGUUAAUCGCUCCGAACGUAUACGCAUUAUAAUCAAGAAUGCGUUCGUGAUCAUCUUCGGCAUCCUCGGCCUCAUUGUUGGAACCUGGACAUCUAUGGAGGGCAUCAUCCUCAAAUUUGCUGGCAAAGAAACCCACCACAUACCAUACACCAAUGAUACCAUCAUUGGUCCCAAUGUAAACUAAAUGAAAAAACCCGCUCACAUCGAGUUGGAACUAGUAGCUAUAUUAUAUAACAUCGUAGCUAGUAAUUGUGAUGAAUUGAUUUCAUAGGUUAGUACAGACUCAAUCGUUUGUAUGGAUUAGAAAGUCUCACCGGGCAUCAAGCAGUGAGACCUUAGUCCUCGGCAGUGGCAACGUAAUGUUAUUCCAGUUGCAGCUAGAUUAUAAGAUCGCGUUCAGGGACUAUUGACAAAUAGUUGGUGCAGAGUCGGAAAACUGUCGAUUGAAAUCAAUUUUAAAUAAUAUAUGUUAGCUAUUGGGUUAUAUAAUUAGCCCCCAGUAUAGUACCAGGAUAGUACAUUCAAUGAAAGCUAGUGCCAUGGAAAUUACCGAGAAGUCAUUACGACAUAUUUUAUCUUCAAUAUAUUAUCGUUAUAGAUGUUUCCAUUUUAAUGUUAUGCUUGUAGAUGUUUAAAAGAUGAAUUAUAAUUGUUAAAUUUAAUGUAGCUAUAUUGAUUGGGCGACAGUUGACGUAGCGACCUGGGAUUUAUAUUAGAUAACGCAGUUGUUAGACAUGGCAAUUGGCAGUUCAACGUUUAUGCGUGUAUCAUUUGACAGUGGUUUCAAAUAUAGCAACUGCAAAUGUCAAAUGGAUCACAUAUAAAACUGUCAAUGGGAAGACACUGCAAUUGCGUUAUAUACUCAAGGAGUCCCUUGUUCGUAGUUGACGGCAAAUUAUUGAUUUCAAAUAUUCAAUCUAUUAAUUAUUAAUAGCGUUAAUUCUCAGACAUUGUUAGUUGUAGUUAAAGAAAUAAAUUUUAAAAAUCUAUUUAUCUAUUUAAACAAAAUAGUAGUUAAUAGAAUAUAUAUAAAAUACCAGUUUGAAUAUGUAACAAUACUAGAGAGAAAUUUAAAGUUUGCCAGUUGAUUACAUACAGCAGGCAACAGCAUUACAUGAUUAAUCUUAUAUAUUCCAUAACUAUAAUGUAGAUGUUUUACGUAGAU